GGCGGGGCCUCGGCGCGAGAGAGCGGAACCGGAACCGGAAUGGGCGGGCGCAGUGGCUGAGUGACUGGUGGUGGCGGCGGCGGCAGCGAUGCUGCUCUUCUGCCCGGCCUGCGGGAACGUGCUGGUGGCCGAGGAGGGCGCGCGCUGCCACCGCUUCGCCUGCACCACGUGCCCCUACGUGCGCAACGUCACGCGCAAGGUGACGAGCCGGCGCUACCCGAAGCUGAAGGAGGUGGACGACGUGCUGGGCGGGGCCGCAGCCUGGGAGAACGUGGACUCCACCGCAGAGCCGUGCCCCAAGUGCGAGCACCCGCGCGCCUACUUCAUGCAGCUGCAGACGCGCUCUGCCGACGAGCCCAUGACCACCUUCUACAAGUGCUGCAGCGCCCGCUGCGGGCACCGCUGGAGGGACUGAGCCCCCCCCCGCGGGGGGAGAGAAGGAAGUCUCACGCCGAGCACAGCCCGCUAUCCACGGCUGACACCCACCCUGCAGUGUAGGCCCAUUUGUGGAUUGUGGGGAGAGUGCGUGAGUUGAAAUGCAACAGCCCUGCGAUGUAGCCCAGCUGGUGUUCACACAGCAGGCCAGAGGUGCGGGCCUUUCGAAAUCACAAAACAGCAGCGGCUGGGGGAGGGGAGGACACGAAGGUCACGUGGACUCUCGCCCCCCCCUCUAAAUGUCCACAAAGCCCUCAAAUAUGUAAAUAAAGAUGUUCAUUCAAAGAAAAGCUCA